AUGGGCUUCAGCUCUCGGGCAGGCCCUUACGACGGUGUCUGCUACACCGUCAGCACGUUCUCACAGACCGCACGGGACGCACAUCUUGCUACCGCAUUUGCGAUGCAGUCCGAACUGCUCGUGGUUUGGCUGUUUGCUCUCCAACGCGCCUUUGCAUCAUCGACCUGCUCUUCCACCGAGUGUUUCACUCAUAAGAGGACAGCAAGCCAUUUGCAGAUGUCUGCUGUCACUGUCGGCAGCUGCGAUCUUAUAUCUUUGAUCUUCGCAUCUUCCUCUAAGAUCUGUGAUCUUGUAACUUCGAUCGAAGAUCCCCUGGAAUCGACGAUUGGCACCAAAAGACCCGGCACUAUCGGCAAGAAAGACUACAAAGGAACUAUCCUUGAUGGGAGAGACUCUUUCGACAGCUGGACGAUGGAUCUUGAAGACAGUCUGUUGAGUGACGAUCUCAUGAGCUACGUCACCGGUGAGGCAACACCGGAAUCGUCAGGCUUGUCAACUCCAGGAGAGAAGAGCGCAGCGGACAUCAAAAAUAUGUCUCUUGCGAGAAUGAAGAUACGACAGAGUAUCGACCAGAUCCACAGGAACUCAGUUAAUCACCUCGUCGAUCCACGAGCGAUUUACCAGUCCCUUGCAAACCGAUACGCCGCAUCGAACAAAGCACGCCUUCGGCAGCUGAUCCGGAUGAUGUACGACGUUAGUACACAGACUCAUAGAACUGUGCAGGAGAAGGUUGACGACCUAAAACGUCUCCGAGCUCAGAUCAAUUGCCAAGACAAAGAUAUCGUCAUCCAUGAGCAGCUCUUGAUUUGCUUCCUGCAAAUGAGUAUGGACCAGGGCUCCCAAUAG